AUGGAUGCAGACGCAACCAUACAGACGGUUGCAGCCGUGCCAUGGUAUCAGAUCACCGCCACUACCCUGCGGUACAUCGCUAAAGGCCUCUACUACACUGUUCUACUGCCAAUCGUCAAGCUCCUGCUUCUGGUUUACUCGCUUCUUCGCUUCAUUCUGUCUCCGUUCAUUGCUGUCGGACAUGUAUUGCUUCAGUUACUCCUGAUUCCAUGGCGGAUUGCCGCCAAGUUCGAGGCAGUAUGGUACUACAUUGGCUGUGCCAUCCUCGUCGGCCUCGUCAGCGCUCUAAUUCUCCACGGCAUAUUGAAAGUCUUCGUCCUCGUCUUGCGCCUGGAUCAUCCUCCAAAGCCGAAACCGAAGCCGAUGCCAAAAGCAAAGGACAAACCGGCUGUCGGCCACGACGUUAAGAGCUAUCGCAAGGCCAGGGACAAGAAGAGGAGAGAAGCUGAAAAGGAACAGCAAGAAUUAGAAACCCGAGCUCGAGCUCUGGCCAGCAGUCCUCUUCUCAAGGAUGCGCUUAGAAAGAUGGCAGCGAAAGAAGCUGCCAAAGAAUCGCACAGUCCUAGAAGCAGGUCUCAGCUAUCAUUGCUAGAUCAGACGAUAAUCGAGCAAUCAGCAGAGGAAGACUCUUGA